UACAGCUCACGGAUGAAUGACUCAAGUUCUUGGAGAACCUGCUGACGACACGUCUCCUCCUCCGAGUCGGGAGAACACACAUCUGAAGGCCGGUCAAAUGGUAUGCAGCUGUUCGUGCAUUACGUCGGAAGCGCGUCAGGGCCGUGGCAUCGCCGCUGCACGGGUCGGCCCUCCGCUACCGGAGCUGCCGUCGACAGUCGACGAGCCACUCGGUGGUGAUCGGCCCAGAUCCGACGCCGCGGAUGUCGUCUUGUUCUUGUUCCCUGUUAAUGAUCGAAAUGAUCCUAGACUCGCAGUACAGGAGAGCGGACAGCUCAGGCACAAGCGAACUGAGUCAGGAGGAGAGCCUGUACUGUAGGACACAGAGUGUGCAGCUCAAGGAUGACUUCUGCGCCGGCGCGCGCCGAGUUUCGUCACUGUGCCUCGCUAUACGAAGGAGCAAGUCAUCGAUCAUUGGCCAAAAGGAGCUUCAGAUUCAACUCACGGAUGAUGCAGACCCAUUUUUUUUCUACACGCUCACUCUCACUGAAGAGGACUUUCAGAGCCUCAAGACGCAGCAGGGUCUCCUCGUGGAUUUCCUGGCAUUUCCGCAAAAGUUUGUUGAUCUGCUUGAGCUCUGCACCAAGGAUGAACUCAAGGACAGCCCCCGGUUUGUGCUAUCACUCACGGUGCAUGGCCGGAUUGGCUCGGAUCCCGCCAUCCUGGAUGUCAUCGAGGCCAACCCUUUCAAGCACCUAGUCCACCUGUCGCUCAAGCUGGCCCCUGCUCCUGACACCGUCGUCCGCAAGCACCUGACUUCUGCCAUGCGUCUCCUUAAGGAUGAGAACAGGCGGCUGGAGGCGGCAUUCCGAAGCUCCGAGACGGACUUGCACUCCCGCCUGCAGCAGUACCAGGAGAUGGCGACGGAGCGGUCGCGUGAGCUGGAUCGUGUCCGCUCCCUCCAUGCCUCUCAGCUCGCGUCCCUGCGAGAGCAGCAUGAGCGCGAGCUGGCUGCGGAGAAGGAGAAUGUGCGCAAGGCCACUUCGGAACAGCAGUUUCGGUUGGACCUGGAGCACAGGGAGACAGAACAGCGACUCAAGAAGCAAAUCCAGGUGCUGGAGGCCGACGUCUCUAUCAAGGAGACAUUGAACAAGGACUUGCAGGAAAAACUGGCCAAGUCCGAGCAAGUCUGCCGGGAGCUGUCAUUAAAGGUGACAGCGCUGGAAUCAGCAGUGGGACAGUGCCAGCGAACGGCCGAAGUGCUUUCAAGGGAGAAAGACACCGUUGAGGCUGACAAGCAGCUGAACGAAAAGGAUGCCAGCACCUUGAGGUCUCAACUUGAUAAAUUGGAGGCCGAACUGUCACAGAAGUCUCAGCUUCUGGCCGAAACCAAGGGACUGCUUGAGAGCUGUGAGCAGAAGAAACGACAGGCAGAGGCACUCUUGGAGCAGCGACAGGCUCAGCUCAGUCGACGAGAGGCAGCCGUCAAGACUCUCUCGGAUGACAUCCUCAAGGGUAACGAGAUCAUCAAGCGUCUUCAGGGCGAGCUCAGGACUUACCAUGCCAAGCUGCGGCUCAGGUCAGAAGUCAUCACAAAGCAGGAGGACGUGCUGACUGAAAAAGAGCAGCAAGUUCAGAGGCUUGUGCGCAGGGUUGAUGACCUCGAGCUGGCCAGCAAGAACAAAGAAGCUGAGGUUGAAAAGGCACGACAACGGGUGGAAGAGGUUGAGCAGAAGCUGGCCGAGUGUCAGAAGCAAGUCAAAACAAAUGAGAAUGUGAUCCAGUGGCUGAACAAGCAGCUCAACUCGUGUCAGCUACAACAGGACAAGCGGGGUAGUCCUGCUGGUCUGUCUUCGAGCAAACAGUUCACAAGCCCAAUAAACCAAAGCCCUACGUAUCCAACGGCACGCAACUUCGCGUUUCCAGGGACAGGUGGCACUGCUGCUCCUUCGCAGUCGACUUUUCCCAACAUGACCCCUGGUGUGAGACAAGAAUCUCCUGUUCUUCUCAAGCCCAUUGACGAUUCCCCACUGGUCGACCCGAGAUUCCUGCAGCCUCAGGCAGCGGACCCUACGACGCAGAGGGCACUUAAUCCGCUGGACACUGCGACCACUCCAUUCGGGACUGCUGCAAUCGGCCGCCAGAGGGCGCCUGCUGCCACUCAAGCACCACCCUACUACCCCACCACUGCCAAGACUAAGCCGUCCUGACGGCAGCAUCAAGGGAAAUGAAACUGACCGGUUCAAUCAAAAGCGCAUUUUUAAAAAGAAAAAUACUUUAAAGGUCUGUGCGCCUACAUGAAGUAGGCUCAUCAUGUGUCAUGGUAGCCUUGUUCUCAUCUGUGACAUUGAAGUAUGCGACGAGAUCCAGCAUUGCAGGCUCACCAGUGACAGUGACCCAUGGUGAGAACAGGUCUUUUUGAUGUCUAAUUUUAUGGUCAGGCGUCAUUGUAAAGAUGUCACAUCUGUCACAAAUAUCCAAUAUUCGUUAGAGCUUAUAAGCAUGUAUUCAUUACAUGCUGAUAUCAGAAUGAAACAUUUUAGAAUGACUUCAUUAUAUGCGAUGAUUAUUCACGAUAUCCAUUUUCCUCAUUCAGAGGCUUGCUUAUAUAAUGAAUAGUGCUGUAGUGUUAAAGAACCAUAUUCUGCCUCCGGCAUAGCCUCAAAACAGAGUGCUGUGUAAUUAUAGCAUGAAGUUGUAUUGAUCUGUGAAAACAACUUAAACAAGGAAAUUUUGCUUUAUGCAACAAGUACAAUUUUGGAAUAAACAAUAAAAAGAUUGGUAAUGACUGGAAACUUGCUUUCCGAUAGAAACAAAGUAUUGUUGGCAUUCUUUGCCAAGCCCAGAGCACUGAACAAGAAAGAGCUCAGUUAAGUACUCUGGUUAUGUAGAAUUGUGUAAAUAACAAAAUCAAGUGAGUCAGCACAUUCUGUUUGCAUUAGCUGCAGUCUCCACCAAAAUGCUUGCAACAGUUGUGGAGUGAUGGAGCUUGACUUGACAAUGCAGCACACAUUGUAACGAGGGACUACUAAAGCUCAA